UGUAGAUAGCAUAGUUACGAUGAUGCAUGUACGACAAUUAGAUGGGCUUACAUGUGAUUAUUGUCCUGUUCAAAUAUGAUUUUAUUCAAUGUAUGAAAAUGCAAAGGAUACCUACGAACUUCUAGAUCAUGAGGACAUUAGCGGAUCAAAGUUUUAUGUUGUGUUCUUAACAAUGUUUGCCACCAUAGGUGGCCUUUUAUUUGGAUAUGACACGGGUAUCAUCUCAGGAUCAAUGUUAUUGAUGAAAGAUUACUUCAACCUGACUACUGUAUACCAAGAGGCCAUAGUUAGUGCUACUAUUGGUGCAGCAGCCUUAUUUGCGUUGAUUGCUGGUAUAAUCACUGAACGUUUUGGAAGAAAGGUGGUGAUUAUGAUUGCAAGUUUUGUUUUUACUGGUGGUGCUAUAAUGAUGGCAUUGUCAAACAGCAAGGAGCUUUUACUGAUAGGGCGCCUAGUUGUUGGAGCUGGAAUAGGUUUUGCCUCCAUGUCAGUGCCGAUUUAUGUAGCUGAAGCUGCCCCAGCAUCAAUACGAGGAGCUCUGGUAUCCCUUAAUCAACUGUUCAUCACAAUAGGAAUUCUACUGUCGAGUAUUGUGGCAGGGGCUUUCAGUGGGGACAAAGAAAAUGGCUGGAGAUAUAUGCUUGGCAUAGCAGGUGUGCCAAGUUUAAUCCAGUUCGUUGGAUUUUUCUUUUUGCCAGAAAGUCCAAGGUAUCUUGUUAACAAAGGGAAAGUAGAAGAAGCUAGAAAAGUUUUAGAAAAGUUGAGAGAUUCAUCAAAUGUUGACCAUGAAAUGAGAGACAUAGAGAAAUCUGUAAAAGAGAGUAAAGAAUUUGAGCAGUCAAAUGUGUUUGCCACAAUUGCAAAAAUGCUUGGUAAUCAGCCCGUAAGAAAAGCAUUACUUCUAGGAUGUCUCAUGCAGUUUUUUCAACAACUAUGUGGAAUAAACACGGUCAUAUACUAUAGUGCCAGUAUUUUGAGAAUGUCUGGAUUUCCGUCAAAAUUAGCAAUCUGGUUAGUCUGCGUGCCGUUUGCUGUUAAUUUCCUUGCAACAUUUAUUGGAAUAUAUUUGGUAGAGCGAGCCGGAAGAAGAAUAUUGACAUUGGGUAGCUUCGUUGGUAUAAUCAUUGCACUGAUUGUCCUAGCUGUCGGCUUUCAGUUAUCAGUAAUCCACACGCCACCUGUUGCACAUAACGAAACCUAUGGAUUGCCCAGUAAAUGUGAAUACUCGAAAUGCGAUCCUUGUGUCAGGAAUAAAGACUGUGGAUUUUGUUACGUUAAAGACAACCCAACUGCCUCAGGGUCAUGCCUUCCCGUAUAUUCAGAUCACCCAGAAAGAUAUGCGGAUCCAAAUUUCAGUUUUAAAAAUAGUACUGGUAAUUUCUCCAUAAAUUUUCGAUGUAAUAAAGAAAACUACGAGCAUGAUAUGAAAGAUUUUACCUGGGCAGAUAAUUAUUGUCCAACUGAAUACUCUUGGAUGGCUGUGUUAGGUCUAGCAUUGUUUGUAAUAGGAUUUGCACCUGGACUGGGUCCUAUGCCAUGGACAGUUAAUUCGGAAAUAUACCCAAUAUGGGCCAGAGGAACUGCAAUUUCAAUAAGUACUGCCGUUAACUGGAUAGCCAAUCUAAUUGUGUCUUUCACAUUUUUGUCACUACUUGAAUCCAUUACUACAUACGGAACAUUUUACUUGUUUUGUGGAAUAUCUCUAUUAGGAUUGAUAGUUUUAUACUUCAUGUUACCAGAAACUAAGAAUAAGACACUAGAGGAAGUUGAACAAUUGUUCAUGUCGGAGGAGUAUAGAAGUCAACACAAGAAAUACAUGACGUAUGAAGCAAAGGAUAAUCCCGCUUUUGCUGGCGAAAAAUUGUAAACAAUGAACUUAAAUCAAGCCAAUUUAGUAACAUAGUGUCAUUUCAAAUAUUAGUCGUCAAAACACUCCCAAGUUUUUAAAUAUUUUUGGGCAGUUUUAGCAGCCAUACAUGUAACCAGAUAUUUUUUUUCACUAGUCAACUUGAACCUUUUAAUGUAGUUGAAUAUUAAAAAAAAACCAGAAGCAUAACAUACUCUACAAAACAGAACAUACAAAACUAAGGAUUGAGCAACACGAACCCCACCAAAAAUCGGGGAUGAGCCCAGGUGCUCCGGAAGGGUAAUCAGUUCCUAAAUUUUAAAACUCUAAGGCUCUUAAAAUAUAUGUUAUAAUUUGUAUACAAGUAGUAAAAGUUAGGACUAUUCCUUAGUUUGAUGGGUAAAUUUUCGUUUUUAUAUUCUAACGACUGACAGAUAUGCGCAUAGAACGGUCUUCUGACCUGACGAGGGACAUAUAUUUCCCUAGCGCGGUCAAAGGGUUAAAAUACUCAAUCUACCUGUCAGUAACUAUGGGAAAACGCCAAUUUUAAUAAAGUCCUCGUGCUAUUGCUGUUGAUAGAACUUGACAAUAACAGUUGAUUCCUAGGAGUUACUUUUUCUGUUAUAAUUUAUAUCUUUUGAACAAUGAAUUGAUGGAAUUUGAUGCGACUGUCAUACAAGUGAGAGGUUUAGCUAGCUUUAAAACCAGGUUAAAUCCACCAUUUUCUACAUAAGAAAAUGCCUGUACCAAGUCAGGAAUAUGACAGUUGUUAUCCAUUCGUUUGAUGUGUUUGAGCUUUUGAUUUUUCCAUUUGAUUAGGGACUUUCCUUUUUGAAUUUUCCUCGGAGUUCAGUAUUUUUUGUGAUUUUACUUUUUGAUAGAAACAUUUUUCCGACAAUUUUUCGAUGUCGUUUUUAUCCGUUAAAUUAGUUUUCUAUUAUUGCAUUAGAAUUAAUAUUUGUAAACAAAGGAUAAAUAUUAAGCUUGGUUUAUCCAAUGACAUCCAUCGAUAUCAGCAUUUGGAAAAUUGACUGACCCUAAAAUAAGCUUAUCAAUUGUUUCAAUAAAUGCACAAUUUCAAAAUCGUAAUCUCCUUAUUGAAUCUCGACAUGUCGUUUUCGAAGUUUAUCGAUAAUAAAACAAAAGCUCUAAAAAGAAUAAGGAACAUUUGUCAAAGAUUUACAAAACCUGGAAUGAAGUGAGCAACAUCAAAUUCUUCAGAAGCCUUUGAGUAACACUCGAUAUGUCUAUGUCUGGAAAUACAAAGUUAUUGAAGUUGCGACCAUGCAUUUUUCUCAUAUUCCAUUAAAAAACAACAGUUUAGAAAAGACGAGAGAGUUAUUUUGUCAGGAUUUAAAAGAAGCAUACAAAAUAAGUGAUUUUUGAAUUAAAAUUCCCCUUGCACACCAAAAUGUUUUCUUUGAUAUAAAUUUUGUCUUGUACUACAAUGUAACCAUUAAACAUUUGGGAAAAACCCUUUAUUUGGCUGUCUCCAGUAGCCAUAAUUUGAUUAAAAAAUAGCACUCAUCGUCUGGUAGAUACGCUUGAGAGACGUUGCAUUUUUCAGUUAAUUUUUGUUUAAAGGUUUUUCAAUUAUCAGCCUUUAAAAAUGCAAUUAGCGAUUAAUUUCAGAGUAACCUUUUAUAUUAAACAGUAUGAUAAUUUUAUAAUAUUUGAUAAAAAAAAAGAGUCUAGUUUUCAAAUUUUAUUCUAUUCAAUAAUUGAUUGUUGGAUGAAAAGUUUACUUUACGUCAAUCUGUUAUCGUCCGUCGUCGUCGUCGUAAACUUUUUGAUUUAUAUUUAACUUUGCGAUGAAUGAUCUUUAGAUACUAGUCUAUCGAUUGUGUUUUUUUUUCUUCAUGUAAAUUAACCAACACGGUCGCCAUGGCUUGAAAUAGAACGCGAUUGUAAAUGCAAAUAAACUCAUCAUAGAUACGUAAUGGUCCUAUAACAUGAAACUUAUAGAGAAAAUAUUACGAGGUCAAAAUUUCUCAGAAUUUCAAGGUGUACUUACUUUCUAUUGUCAGCAAAAUUAUCACUAAACUCCUAAUUUUAGUACAUUUUGUAAAUGUCCUUAAAGACGAUUUUUACUAAUUUCUGCAUUUGUUUUAAUUACUUAAUAACCAUUAUAGAUAGAGAGUACAUGGAAACAGCAAUAAACAUCUGACACAUAGAUAUGUCUCGCCUGUAUAUAAUUUGACAGUAAAAGGCAAAAAUUAAAAUUUAAACAUGUAAAAUAGUAAUACUUUAACAUGUAAAUUAUGCAAAAUGAUCAAGGUCAAUGAACCAUGACUGAAGGAUCAGGGCUAAAUAACAAAUAACUGCAAACGGAAUACAAUUGACUUAUCAUAAGUGGUUCUCCUUUAAACAACCUAAUCACAAACUCUAACAUGUAAACUAUGUGAAAGUUUCAAAGUCAAUAGACCAUGACGGGGGGGAAAAAAGGGGGGGCAGAUAAUGUCCAUGGAAAUGAGAUGUCCCAAUGAUUAUACAACUGCAGACCAAACAUCAUUGACUUAUCAUGAGUGGUUCCCCUUGAAAUGACAUAAUCACCAACUUUAACAUGUAAACUAUGCACUAAUUAUUGUCUGCUCAUUCCGUUAUCGUGAAUUCAUUUCUCAUUUGAAUUGUUUCACAUUUUUCAUGUCCGGGCCUUUUAUAGCCGAUUAAAACAUAUGAGUUUUUCUUAUUGUUGAAGGCCGAACGGUUGUAUGUAAUUGCUUACAUCCACUUCAUUUGAACUCUGGUGGAUAGUUGUCUCAUUGACAAUCAUACCACAUCUCCUUAUUUUAAUAUAAACGUUUCAAAGUAAUAGAUCAUGAAAGAGGGGCAGGAUCAAAUAAUCUCCAUGGAAAUGAGAUGUACCAAUGCCUAUACAACUGCAUACCAAAUAUCAUUGAUUUACCAUUAGUGGUUCCACUUAAACUGACCCGAUCACCAGCCUUAACAUGUAAAGUAUACAAAAGUUUCAAAGUCAAAAGACAAUGACUGAGGGGCGGGGCCAAAUAAUCUCCAUAGAAAUGAGAUAUGCUAAUGCUUAUACAACUUCAUACCAAAUAUCAUUGAUUUACUAUUGGUGGUUCCCGUAAAACUGACCUAAUCACAAACUUUAACAAAUGGUUGACACCGCCGACUCCGGAAACGGCAACCAAAGUGGCAAACAAUAUUUUCCUCCUCAUUGCUUUUUUAUGAAUUAUCAUGGAAACCUUAUAACAGAUAGAGAGAAAACUGUAAACAACCAAAAUUAUCACCAAGAUAAGAUAUACUAAAAAGUCAAUUAACUGAAAUUUUUAAUGAUUCCGUAUAAGGGUAAAACGAUUGUCACCCAUGUCUUUUGAGGGAAAGAGGAUGACAGUGUUGUGAUAUUGCAACCCCUCCCCCGCUAAUCUCUUCAGAGCGACAAUGUGAUCUCUGUUUUCACAUUCUUUCUAUUCACAGUUUGAUUCUAAGUUUGAAUCUUAACUUCAAAACUAUUAAAUUACGUUUAUAAUUUCAUAAUUCAUCGAAAUAGUUUAUCAUCAUAUUUACGGUUAAUUUAGAAUUUAAGAAAUUACUUUUAGUAAGUUUUCUCUGAUGACAAAUAUUCAUACUCAAAGUUUUACUUAGUCAAGUUACAUUAAAAAAUAAAUAUAAGUUUACGAACCUGGUGAAUAAAACAAAUAGAUCAGUAUUAUCUUUAUUUAAGUCCAAACCAUACAAAUGAUACAUGUACUUGGUUCUUUAAUGUUUUCUAUUUUAGACCUUAACACCACUGUUGAUUGGACCCAUUUUAUUCACAAAUUAAAAUAUGUUUUGGAACAAAUAUAUAACGUGGAAGGUAUCUGAUGAUUAUUUAAUUUACAUUUUACACAAUUUGGGACACAAUUUUAGAUUACCUUAUAUUAGGCUUAAUUGACAUUUGUGUUAAUUCAAUUACUAAGUUAGAUAUUUAUUUUAAGUGGACAGUAGGUUAGAACUUUUAAAUAUUUACUUCAGGAAAUGGUUAUAAGAGUUUAAACUUUCAAACUAUAUAUAUGCUAAGUGACUUUUUGAAUCAAAUAGAAAUUAAUUUUCUUAAAGACAUUUAUAUCUGUUCCGGACCAUAUUCGUAUUUGGACCAUACUCGUAUGAUCAUUAUCAUAUAGGAUAGGAGCAAGAGGACAUUGUUACAUGAUUAAAGAGAUAAAGUGAAUUUUACUUACAAGUAAGAAUUAUAGUAACACCACUUUUACAUGGUCAUUACUGUUUUGUCCUUUCAUUUGUACGAAACUCAAUAUGUCAUAUGGAAAAUAACUUCAAGAAAUAUCUAAAUGAACUCUUAACCAAGAAGUCACUUGCUUAACUCAAAUGAAUUUUGGUCAUUGAAUUCUCUUUCUUUUCUUUUUUAUAAUUUAUUUUGGUGCUUUUAUUGUCCCCCGCGUAACACGUUGCGGGGGACAUGGAAAUACCGGGCGUCCGUCCGUCCGGCCGGCCGUGCGUCCGUGUGUCCGUCCACCCGUCCGGUCUUGUUAGCGCUUUCACAGGUACAUUUCUUGCCAGAUAUUUAUAAAACUUAUACUAUAGGUUAAUAUCAGCAAUAUCUCGUUCAAGUUCUAUAAUGGUGGCCGAUCAACUUCUUUUAAAAGAGUUAUGCCCCUUGGAAGUAUUAAAUUUAUGGAAAAUGGCCUCGUUAGCGCUCUCAUGUGUACAAUUCUUGCCAGAUUUUUAUAAAACUUAUACUAUAGGUUAAUAUCAGUAAUAUCUCGGACAAAUUCUAUAAUGGUGGCCGAUCGAUUUUUUUAAAAAGAGUUAUGCCCCUUGGAAAUAUUAAAUUUAUGGAAAAUGGCCUCGUUAGCGCUCUCACGGGUACAAUUCUUGCCAGAUUUUUAUAAAACUUAUACUAUAGGUUAAUAUCAGUAAUAUCUCGUUCAAGUUCUAUAAUGGUGGCCGAUCAACUUCUUUUAAAAGAGUUAUGCCCCUUGGAAGUAUUAAAUUUAUGGAAAAUGGCCUCGUUAGCGCUCUCAUGUGUACAAUUCUUGCCAGAUUUUUAUAAAACUUAUACUAUAGGUUAAUAUCAGCAAUAUCUCGGACAAGUUCUAUAAUGGUGGACGAUCGACUUUUUUUUAAAAGAGUUAUGCCCCUUGGAAAUAUUAAAUUUAUGGAAAAUGGCCUCGUUAGCGCUCUCACGGGUACAAUUCUUGCCAGAUUUUUAUUAAACUUAUACUAUAGGUUAAUACCAGCAAUAUCUCGGACAAGUUCUAUAAUGGUGGACGAUCGACUUUUCUAAAAGAGUUAUGCCCCUUGGAAAUAUAAAAUAUGUGCAUCGCGGGGAACAUUGGAACUCUGUUCUUUUAUUAUAUUAAAAUUUCUUAAGUAUUUCAAAUUAUUUUUAGUUAUUUAAUGUGUUCUUGCUCGUAUUUAUACGAUCUUACAAUUACUGAAAAAUUGUAUGAAAAGGAGAAAGAACACAAAAUUCAGUGAAAAUAAGUUGAGAUUCGAAGAAAUUUGGUUUCUGAAAUAAUAAUUUAAACACUAAGAAAAAAGGAAAAAGUUCCAUGCCCAAAAACGUCCGUUGUUUCACUUGCGGACGAAAAGGUCGACAAGAUAAAACGCUCUUAAUUAAUUCUAGCGAAGGCAAGAUAACAGAUACACCAAGAUUAAUACAAUGUGUAAAGAUAAACGAAUUCAGUAAGUAACUUGAGAAUGAGCUAUGUUCUCCUGCGAAGGAAGUUAGAAUUUAUUUGAAAAAUACCUAUAUGGUCUAAAUACUCAUAGUUAGUAACCAAACGAGUAUAAUACUCAUAUGGUCCUACCAUACGCGUAUUGUCGGAUCGUAUGGGUAUACGCAUAUGGUCAUGACUAUACGCAGCCGCUUAUGGUCCAAAUACUCAUAUAGUCCGGAACAUAUCCACGGUUACAUAAUACUACAUUAGCUUGUGGGAUAAACAUAUAAUUUUUAGAAGUAACUUGAUUGUACCUUUUCAGAUGAUCACGUGAGCAAUUUGUUAUAUUCAUUUGAGGUUGUUUUUUUAUCUUUUAUAUUUUACAUCAAAUUACCAUCAUUACAUAUGUAUUGCAGUUUUGGAAUUUAUCUUGAAAACUAUAAUAGGAAGAAAGAGACUAUAACAGAAAAUAUCUAACCGUGUAUGUCUAAAACACAUUUUUGUGAAUCUGAAUUGAUGUUAUUUUGUUUGUUUGUCUUGUAAAUGUUUUCGUUAUUACAAAGCGAACUUUCAUUUUUUAAAUAGUUAAAUGCAUAAUCAGAAAAAAAUAAUGGAAUCUGCAGAUACAUGAUAUAUUAAAAACCAUACAAACAGCUA